AUGAAACGUAUUCGCGGUCCACUGAACCGACCCGACCCGACCCAACUCCCCUGGAGCCUCCCCGACGUCAAGCGGCCCGCCUUUAAACUCUGCGAACGACGCCAAGGCUCCCGACCCAAGCUCACCAUCAUCAAACCUAAUUGGCACCUCCAACCCACUGAUCUGAGCCUCCCAGCCAGACUGGAAAUCAUAUCCUCUUCCUUGCCAAUGUCCAGCUUCUCUUUGAGGCCAUCGAUCUAUCCAUCGUCAAGUUUCACUAAUCUCUAUAUUAGUGAGGAGAGAACCGGGUCGACAGAGUUGAACCGAGAGGCGGAGUCCAGGGCGAUCAAGGAGCAGCGGUUCUAUUUCCCUCCCUCACCCGGGUCUGAGCAUGAGAAUUCUGAACUGGAGUUGCUGCAUUUGUUUCCAAUUACUUCCCCGAAGCCAUGUGGAUCUUGCGGACAUGAAUUUUUUUUGUGA